AUGCGGAUCGCCUACUACGCAGGUGCCUCCACGGCCGCGGCGGCAGCAUGCCUGCUCAAGGCCUUUCACGAGCGACCCAACUUCUACAGCGCGACCGUCUACCUCUCACAAUCGAACGCCUGCCUUCUGAUCAUCACAAAUCUGCUGCUCAUAUGUGCCGGCAGCCUUAUGUACGCCUUGCAACGCCUGCUAUAUGGCCCGCUGCGGCYUAUUGAGAUGGAGCAGCUUUCGGAGAAGGCGUGGUAUGCGGUACUCGACACUCUACUGGCCAUGCCUACCUACCGCGAAGAUGUUGGUGGCUGGCUCUUGACCAUGUUCGUACUGCUGCUUGCUGGCAAAGUCUGGGGCUGGAUUGGCGAGGGUCGUGUGGACAUACUGGAACAWCAACCGCCAGCCAAUCCGCGCCUGUUCCACGCACGGCUUGCUUCCAGCCUGAUAGUCAGCGUACUUUUCGACUUGUAUAUGCUGCAAUUCUGCGUGGAAAGCAUAAUAGCAGACCCGCGACCUGGCAUCAUGGUCAUAUUCACCUUCGAGUUUGCCAUUCUGACCGUUUGCUCGCUGUUUACCCUCAGUCGAUACUUAUUGAGCGUAUUUGAGGCGAGCGUCGUCAGCAAGCAGACUCAGCUGGCGAUUGAGGUGCGCAAGAGCGAGAUUCGAGCAGAGAGGGCGGCGGCGGCGGCGGAGCGGKCGUCGGCUGCAGGCGCAGGCGAUGCCGAGACGCAAGCAACAGCACAUGUCGAAGAUGGACCGAUCGAAGUUGACGAGAAUGAAGUCAGUGUACCUGGCUGGGAGGAGAAGAGACGAUACCUAUUUGUCCUGGAACUGUUCACGGACUUUGUCAAAUUGUCCAUCUACAUCACGUUCUUCGUCGUAAGCAUUACGUUUAAUGGACUGCCGAUGCACAUUCUCCGGGAUGUCUACAUGACCUUUGCAUCCUUCAGUAAACGGGUGGUCGACUUCAUUGCAUACCGAAAGGCCACCAGCGAGAUGAACACGAGAUACCCCGACGCUACGACAGAAGAGAUCAGAGAAGAUUCCUGCAUCAUUUGCCGCGAGAAUAUGGUUGCUUGGGAGCAACCUACUGCUCAAGCCGAGGUACACGCCGUCGGCGAGCAACCGCCGGCUGCUCCAGCUCUAGCCCGCCAGAGAGACGAAGGACUCCGGGCGAAGAAACUUCCUUGCGGACACAUCCUGCAUUUACGCUGCCUCAAGGCUUGGCUCGAGCGGCAGCAGGUGUGUCCGACCUGUCGGAGGCCUGUUGUCGCAACUGCUGCACCAUCGUCUGCCGGCAACGCACAGCCUGGUGUAGGAGGACAGGCAGGACAGGCAGGGCAGGCCGGGCAGGCCGGUCAACCAGGUCAGCAUGGACGACCGCCGGCGCCUAGGGCAGCUCGAGGCCGUAUGUUCAAUCUGGGACCGCUCCGAGUCGCUUUGCUCAAUGCGCCAAAUGAGCAGAUGCGGAACCUUCUUAACGAGCUUGAGAACCCCGGAGCUGCAGCCAACCAGAACGCUCACAACGGGGCGGACAACCAAAUGCCCAACCCAGUAGGCAUUGGUCCCCAACCUGGAGUGGGCACCCAGCACAAUCGUAGAGCAGCUGUGCCAUUGAACAUUCAGCUCAUGCAGGUCGAGCAGCGCAYCAUGCAGGAAGCCUACAACCUGAACAUUGAGCAGCAGCAAUUAGGCCAGCUGCGGGCAAUGGAGGCUGAGCUUGCAAGAUUACGAGCACAGCUCCUCCCAGCACAGCCGCCGGUUGGCACUAGUGGCGCUGCCAUGCCUUUGCCUCCAGGUUUUGGUGCAAUGGCUCCUCAGCAACCACCUUACGAGCAGCUCACUGGACUGACGUCGCAACAAUAUGGAGCCGGACACGAACACUUGCCCGAGGGAGUCAUCAUUCCUGCAGGUUGGUCAGUGAUGCCUUUGCGACGUGCUGCUGCUAUUGAAGAUGGCGCCGCUGCCGUGCCGUCUCCUCAUGUUGGUGCUGAGCCUGCUGGUUCGAAUCAUGGAACUGCCGCCUUCGCGGCGCCAAACGCAGCGUCGGGCAGUGACACCACAGGUGCUGCAGCUGACGGCCCAAUUGAUGAACGCGGAUCUCCUUUGUUCGUCGCGACUGGGCCUGCUCCCCCGGCUGCCGAAGCCUCCGGUCUCCCAGCUACAACCACUGCCGCCACUGAGAGUGUGCCAUCACAAGCCCUUGACACCGAUGUCUCGGUAGCUCCCACCAUCCAGGCCGAAGCUGUCCCCAGCGCUCCCACCCCCUCUGCUUCACAAGACACAGUGCCUGCUCAAAGCGAGAUUGGAGCGCCAUGGACAGCUGAAAGCACCAGCUGGAAUUUUGAUGAUCAACCCAGCAGCAGCCAUCCGCCAGAGGCAUCGGCAGCCCCUGCWGUCCCUGGGAGUCAGCAAGAAACCGCCAGUCGGAGCGGUCGGGGCAGUCCGAGGGAGGUACAGGUCGAAGAGAUUCCGGAUUCCGGCACUUGA